UCGUAAAUGGAUAAAAUUGGUAACACCUGGUCAAACUUGUGCAUUUGUUACACUACAUCUCUUUCUCACUAUAAUAAUACUGCUUCAAGUUAAAUCAGUCAUCUUCAAAUUACUACUGUAUUGCCUAUACUAUCAGCUCUCUCUUUGCUGGACUUGAAAUCUCUCCUUGACUCUAUCAUCUUCAUUUGUCAUAUACUUAAGAGUCCAUGGCUACAGCAGCAGAUACACUGUUGCUAGCUGAAUCCAGUGACACCAUUACUGGAGGUAGCAGUGAUCAUAGCAUAAGGACACUGACACCACAGACUGCACAAUUCACAGAGCCAGUUCUGAGUCUUCUACUUGAUCCUAUCGUCUCCUAUGAUGACUUGCUCAGAGAUGCAAAGAUGAAACUCAACAGGCAGAGAGCAGCAAGCAGUGAUGAUAUAUUGGGUCCAAAGCAAAUAAGAAGACAGGGUUUGCGUCAAUAUUCAUCUCUAGAAGCUCUUAAUCUGGACAUCAUAGCAACCCCUUUAAGACAAAGCGUAACGCAGCAGGCAUUGCAACUAUGGAACUGUAUCUUGGUCUACUUGAAGACUAAUAUCAACUGUAGCAGGAAACAGCACAAAUUCAAAUAUUACAGCAAUUGUUUCUUUGGAUCUGAAGUCAUUGCUUGCUUGAAGGCUUAUCUGGGAAGGGAUGUUGCAGAAAGCAGCUUGCAUGUAGUGAGUGACAAGUUGCUUCAUGCUGGUGUGAUAGAGAGAGUAAAUGAAGGAAGUGGAGAAAGAAUACUCUCAUUCAAUCCAAGUGCACUAUACCAGUUUAAAAGCACAGAGAAAAGUAAUGAUCAGAAGACAGCUACUGCACAACCCAAUUCUUCCACUAGACGGAAAAGAUUCAUUCCAUUUGGAUUGCAAGCCUCAACUUUGAAAGCUAUGUUCAACAUAUGGCAGCUGUGGAAGAAGCACUUGUCUUCUUUAAGAGCUAACAGAAAUAGACAAGAAGACCAUCCAACUGGCACUGCUGCAGCAGAGGGUAAAGGAAGACAAGAAAAGAAAAGAAUGUCAGAGCCUCAUUGUAAGAGACAUGUUUACACUGAAAACUACAGCAGGAAGAGGAAGCCCACACAAUUAAAUAGCUCAUCUUCAAUGACAGAAUUUCUAGAAUACAAAUCAGGACAGCCUGAUUGGGUUGUGUAUGGGUUUCUUUGAAGUUAAAAGAUUUCUAUGAUGAAAUAUGUUUGUUUUUACAUCAAUGAAA